CCUCAUCCCUCCACUGCGCGUGCCCAGGAACCGGGUGCCGCGCAUGCGCACCGCGCGUAUCGGGGGGAUAUUUGACGGCUGUGGCCGCCGUGGCCGCAUCCCGUGUUUGCGAGCUCCUCUCCCCCUCUCACCUCGUUUCUUCACCUCGUCUCCCCUCACCGCGUCGUGACUCCUCGCACCUCCUCACCACCCCCGAUGCCCCCGCGCCGGUGAAGAAGAAGAAGCCAUGGCCGGUGCCGAGGACGGGCCCGAGUUGGGCCUCAAUGCGGCCUUGUUGGCCGAGCCGGCGGGCGGCGCCGCGAGGCCGGCAGGGCCAGCUAGGCGAGGACGGGGGGCCCGAGGAGGCGGAGGCGCCGACAACAACAACCACGAAAACAACAACAACCCAAUAGACAACAACUACAACAACAACAGUCGAGGUGACGGCAACAACGAAGACAACGACGGCAAUAAUGAGCAAGACGACGUCGGCUACGUUGAAGGACACAGCGAGGAGGUGGUGGUUGAGAUGAUUGAGGAGGUGGUGGUUGAGGAGGAGGCCGCGACCACGCACAGCAGCAAGGAGACGCAGACGGAGACCCCCGAGGCGGCGGGGGUCGCGGACCCCCAGGGCUCGUCCAGGCCCGCGCUCCCCGCCAAGAGGGUCUCUUUCCCGGAGGACGCAGGCAUCGUGUCGGGCGCUGUGGAACCCAGGGACCCGUGGAGGCACGCUUUGGACGCUACUGUCGAGGUCAUCAUCACGGCCUACAAGGAGUCCUGCCUGAAGCUCAACGUGCGACCCAUCCCCAAGCUUAUCAAGCAGCUGCAGGAUAUCACUGAGCUCAGCGGAAGAGUGGAAUGCCUCGAUCUCAGGGCGGAGAAGCUGGACUACAAGACAUGCGAGACAUUGGAGGAGGUGUUCAAGCGGCUGCAGUUCAAUGAGGUCAACGCUGAGUCCACAAGCCUGGAUGAAGACGGAGCCUCGGCGCUCUUCGACAUGAUCGAGUACUACGAGUCGGCCGUCCACCUCAACAUCUCCUUCAACAAGCACAUUGGUGUACGUGGGUGGCAGGCCGCGGCCAAUCUCAUGAAGAAGACGGGCAGCCUGCAGAUCCUGGACGCACGCAACUCGCCCGUCGCCGACCAGGCCCUGCCGUUUGUGGCGCGAGCGCUGCGCAUGCACAGCAGCCUCGCGGUGCUGCACAUGGAGAACGCCAGCAUGUCCGGCCGCCCCCUCCUGCUUCUGGUGUCUGCGCUGAAGAUGAACCUGGCGCUGCGGGAGCUGUACUUGGCCGACAACAAACUGAACAGUGGCCAGGACGCCCUGCAGCUCGGCAACCUGGUCAAGUUCAACAGCACCUUGCAGCUACUGGACCUGCGCAACAACAGCCUCAUGGAUUCGGGCCUCCAGCACGUGUGCGAGGGCCUCAAGGAGCAGAAGAAAGGCCUCGUGACACUCGUCGUGUGGAACAACCAGCUGUCGCACGUGGGCAUGCAGUACGUGGCCAGCAUGCUGCCGUGCACACAGAGCCUGGAGACGCUGAACCUGGGCCACAACAGCGUCGGCAACGAAGGCGUCCUGCGGCUCAAGGACGGCCUCAUUGCCAACCGCUCCGUGCUGCGCCUGGGACUGGCCUGCACGCGCAUCACCUGCGAGGGUGCAGUGGCCGUGGCGGAGUUCAUCGCCGAGAGCCCGCGCAUCGUCCGCAUCGACCUGCGCGAGAACGACGUGAAGACGGGCGGCCUCAUGGCGCUGGCGCUUGCCCUCAAGGUCAACACGUCGCUCGCCCGGCUCGACCUCGACAAGGAGCCCAAGAAGGAGCAGGUGAAGAGCUUCCUGGACACGCAGAAGAGCCUACAGACCGAGAUCCAGAACUACUGCAAGCGCAACCGCGACGCUGCACGCGACCGGGAGGAGGACGGCACGGGUCCCCCGUGUCUCUCCUCGCCCUCCUCGCCCACCACGUCCUUCGCUGCCCUCGACCUGCAGUCGCAGCCGCAGCAGGAGCAGCAGUCGGCUGCUGGCACCCAGGUCGAAUCGGACGGAAGCGUCCCUCGGCCCGCUGGUCGCGACCGGGUGGAGCCGGGCGCAGUGGAGGAGCGGAGCCUGCUGUUCGCGCAUCAGCUGGUGGCCACCGCGACGUCCCCGCCGCCCCCCAUGCUGCUGUCCCCUCUGCCGCCGCCGACGCCGCCGGCGCCGCCUGCACCGCCGCCCCCGCCGCCGCCUGCCGCCGUGGUCAGGAAGCCCAGCCGGUUCCGGGUCACUAUCUCGGAGGAGCCGUGGCAAUCGCAGGUGAAGAGCGGCGCCGUGCAACACAUGGUCAGGUCCGGCAGCCAGGACCUCGGGGGCGGGAAGAGCGACUCCCAGCGGCCAGGCGUCGGGGCGGAGGAAAGCGGUCGCGGUACGGAGGGCCCGACGGCGUCGUCGGGCGACGAGCAUCGCGUCCGGAGGGACGGGACGCAGCUGGGAGUUUCGCAAGCCGACGGAAGAGCACGUGCGCAGCAGUCGAGUGGGGAGGCGGUGCCGGCAGGCCCAGAGGACGCGGCUCUCGUGAGAACGCCAGAGUCGGAUCGGUCAGAGGUCGUCCUGACCAAUGAUCUCGCGAGGUUAACUUGCGACGAGCGUGGCGCGCCGAUGGACGGCGCCCGGGGCGGUAGUGGCUGGAGUCUGGGGAGCAGCGCUAUUUUCGAGGGUGCGACAAACGAGGAUCUCGCGGCUGUGACUUUACCGUCGGACCGGUCCGGCCGGGGCGAGCGAACGGCACGGCAUGGGGAGCCUGGCACUGUCGCCGAGGGCGCCGCAUGGCGACCAGGGAGGGACGCUGCCGAAGGGCGGCGAAAGGAGCUCGUCAGUGGAGGCAACGGUGAAGACGACGGCGCGACGCGCGUGCCCGGAGGAGGCGCCAGCUGCAACGGUUUGACGCUCGGCGGCGACGGCUCCACGUUCGUCCUGGACCACAACAGCGUGGACCAGGCCGGCCUGAACGAGCCCCCCGAGGAGGAGGCGGCGGCGGUGGCGCCAGUGUCAGUCGGACCUUGCAGCGAGUCCGAGCUGGAGCUGGCGCUGGAGCGGGAGCUGGAGCGGGAGCUGGACGAGGAGCUGGACCACGCGGCGCCUACCCCGGCCGUCCCCAACGGCCUGCGGCCCGAGCUGGUACCGGACGGCGGGUGCCUGGCCACAGCGGACGGGGCGACGAAGAGCGCCGACGCGCCGCCUUUGGGCUCGCCGGAGGACGAUGCCGGCGCGGAUGUGGGCGUGACGGCGGGCGUAUUCGGUCGGGAGAUGGAGCAGCAUUCGCAGGGAGGCAGCCAGGAGACGGCGCACUGACGUCACCCGCACCAGGUUUUCGUGGGAAGAUUAAUUCGCCGCUUCCCUUCCACGCCUCGUGGGACGCCCUGAACUUCAGCGAAUUGAAAUUUGUUGAAUUUUUAAUUUCCCUUCGUCCCGGCUGACGUCUUAUCUCACCCCGUCGCUCCUCCGCCUUCGAUUCAUUCAUCGAGAGACUCGCUCUUUAAACUCCACACACACACACUCGCACACAUCCUUGGACAAUGCCGCCGACCCCAUCCCUUUCCAACCAAAGACUGCCAUGGCAAGAUUUUGUUUCGCUAUGUACAGGAAGCCUGGUGGCUCCUCUUGGCGAUUUUGGAGUCUCUAGUCCAUGUGAUUCCGAAACGGUCAACACAUCCAAAGCCUGCUCACCCUCCAUUCUCACCUUGCCGUUGUUGUUUCACUGAUUUGUGAUUUCUCACUGGACUUUACGGUGGCUUGAUGACUCGCGUGAAGGGAAGGAGAGCGAGGAGGGGAGAGGGACAGAGGAGGAGAGUGGAGGGAGGGGGAUUGGAUUCAGAGGAGGAGAGCGGUAUUAAUGGACACGAGGUGACUCGGAGGACAGGGCGAAUGAUGAGAGGGAAGGCAUGGGAGAAGACUGGAGCGGAAAUGAGGAGAGCAAGUGUGAGAGAAGAGGUAUGGAGAAAAUGAAGAAAGCGGGGGAAAUAGCAGAGGGAGGAGCGGAAGAGUGAGGAGUAGAUGAGGAGGCGAGCGGGUAGGCGAGACGCAGCGGGGAUGCCAGGAGGGGCAGAGCGCCAUCAAGAGAACAUGCAACGUUGUCACAGAUGUACAUGUGACCAAUUUGAAAUGUACACGAACCAUAGUUCAGGUUUGAGCGUCACUAAAUCCACACAUCCAAAGCUUUAAUUGGAGGCUGAUAUAUUUACUUAACGUGGGUGGGGGGCGUGUACAGGUCUCCUUUAUUUUGCCGAGCACCGGGGUCGCGCAUGCGAUGAUGCGGCUGGGAUCUGGGCACAAAACUGCUGCUUUGCACACUCUCCGCACGAGCCCUCUGCCGUCCCAACUCCUCCGUUCAUUGCUGGACGAACAUUUGAUUAUUUUGAAAACAUUUUCCCCGCCCUCUUCCUCCUCACAUAAUCCCGAGCAUCCUGAAUUUGGUUGCACGUGUUCGGUGCGAGCGCGCAGCGUCGUUUAGGAUGUUUCCGUCGGGGUCCGCGUCGGCACAACGGGGUGGGGGAGGCAUCCAGCGCCGGCAACGAUGCCAACGACGGCGGUGGCUUUGGUGGCGAGGAGCGGUGGGGAAUGGUGGGAGUGGCGAUCGCGUGUGCAUGUAGUUAACCUUUCUUUACUUGAAACGGCGGAGUGUCCACCCCUGCCUGCCGCCCGUGUAUCGCGUGAUGAGCGUCGCGCGUGCCCGACCGCCUUUGUCUCCCCCACUUCCCCCCCCCCUCCCCCAUCGCGUGCGCUGUGGGUGGAAAACGUGGGCCUGGCAUGCUGGGAAGAGGUCCGUGGGCCCAAUUUCUAGCCAAGGUGUUCACUGGGUGAGGUGGCUCGCAUCUCUUAAGCCUAAUUAAUGACUUAAUUAUUUAGUUAAGACUCUUAAUUAUCUGGGAGAAGGGUCCUGGUUGCAACUCAAGCCUCCUUGAUAUAAGAGUUUGAACGUGGACGGCGAGAUUCGCUCGGUUAGACUUGGGUUAGAAUCGUGAGGUGGAGGGUUGGAUGAGUUCUAUAUAUAUUACACAUGGCGCUUUAUGUUUUUUGUGUUUUCUCUUCAUUUGUGUUUAAAUUUUUUUUGAGUUUGUCAAAGGCUUGCGGACAUGACAAGGGGAGGGCCCUGGUGGUGGCAUUGAUUUUGAGGUUUAUUAUCAAAAAGAGUUAAUUGUUUGCGAUUCCCGAACUCGAGAUAAUUACAGUCACGGUUUAGGUGUAGGAGUGUACAAAUGAUCCAUUCGUAAUAUUAGUAAGUGCUGUUCGUGAGCACUUAUCAAGGCUGGCACGAAACACGGAGAGGGGUUGGUGUGGGCCAGCCCCAUUAAAGCCCAACUGACUGUCUCCCAAAUGCUGAUAUUCACACAGUAUGCAAGGCCCUCCUUUAAGGCCGAGUCAACCUUAGGGAGGCGCACAAGAGCGGUGCAAAAACUCUAUCACAGAUGUCGAGCACGGCCAGGAAAAGCACAUGCACACAUACACAUAGGCAUGACAAACGCUCACAUAGUCUCGUACAUCUGUCACUUGCAGAAGCUGCUUCUGGUUUGCCGUUCAUUGCUUUGUCAGGCCUAGCUGGGGUCUCGUGGGUUGGAGUGUGGGCUUCACAUGGGUUUAUAAUUCACACUGCUCCCGCCCCCACUCGUGCUCCACGUGGCGAUAGGGAAGCUUUAAUUGCUUUUACAAACGACGUAAUUCUGGAAACGCGAGUGAACGCAGAGCGGUCUCGCAGCCCUUCCUCGGUUGUGUGCGCUCCCACUUGACCUGUAGAGGAAUCCACCCAAAUUGCCGCACCGUCGAUCGUUCCUGAGCUGGGCUGCGGCUCGGCUUCGGAGAGAUGCAGACUUUUGGUUUGGGGACUGGGUUUCAGCUGAACUCUCUAUGGGUUUUGGCCGGGUUUAGACGAGACACCGACUGGGUUUGGGUUACAUUUAGAAUGUUCUGGGGCUGGUUUUGGGCCGGAUUUUAGCUAGGUUCAGACUGGGUUCAGGCCGGCUUUAGACUGGAUUUGGGCUACAUUUGCUUGGUAUUUAAGCCACAUUCAGGCCAGGUUUGAUCUUAUUUUUGGGAUAUAUCUACAUCGAGCCAGGGUUAUCGGAUUACCUCCCUUCUCGCCCUGAUCUCACGGCGACCGUGCUUGUGUUUGCAUUACCGAUGUUAUUAUUGUGUUAUUGUUGUUUUAAGCCGUUUAUUUUGUUGGCUCCAGAUACAGAUGGAUGUUACGACUCGCAACGCAGUUGUCAAGUUUGCUCGCUAUGCAAGUGCCUCCCAUACCCUGAGGGACACGGAGAUAUUUUAUUUUUAAAUCGCACAGGGAGCGAUUGCGUUAAAGUAAAUAAAAUUCGGUUAAAAUUAACUUGCCUCCCCGAGCGAGGCAACGACUUGGAGAUUCGUCGGCGGGCCUUCGUGUGGACGAUGAUGAAGAAGGUCGUGGGGACCAACCACGUCCCUCCAAGCGACUGGAAACAAAAUCUGGUUUAGGUUUAACCUCUCGCACCGCUUAUUGAGAAUGCGCGCCCGAGAGAGCCGCAUCACAGCACAGCCACAGCAGCGGUCCUAUGUUCUCUAUAUUGAUUUAUAUUCCAUGUUAGCUCGCAGGCAAUCUCAAAACGAGACGGAGAAGAAUUAAUUCUUGGGUAGAAUCGUGAGCCCCGACUGGCAUGACGAUGCGGAGAUGUGUAGCAUCGAUGGGAGGUGACUCUUUACAUGCGUGUUGCUCGCACGCGGUGUGCUGCGGUGCACCUAAAAACACAAUGUGUACGCGUGUGCACGCACAGCGCGGUGUACGUACCCGAGGCAUGCUGUGUCCACAUGCAGUAACGCGGUCAACGCACAGUGUACUGCGUGCAAACGCACAUACACGCACCUCCGAUUAGCAUGGUUGGCUACGCACGGUGGGAAAGAAGUUCUACAUACACGCUUUAUGCAUGUACAGUAUACUUUGUCCAUGUAAUAAUAUGGUUGUGUGUGCGCAUGCACAUACACAAUCUAACGUGUACACACACACACCACGCGGUGGUGCUUCAUGGGCAGUUACGUAAAUUAUGCAACCUCCGUCACAUUCAACCGAAUGAUUCGUGACGGGUGUCGCUUCGGAAGUUGUCGUAGUGUUAGGAAAUUGAUUGCUCUGUGGAGAGAAGUCGGGUGGUUUGAGGGACACAAAACCCGAACGCGCCGUCGCCAUUCUCGCGUCGGUGACACAGUGAGUUGUGUCCGAGUGUGUCCGACACCGUGGUGUUUUACGGACAUCGAGAAAGGUGGGGGGGGGGGGGGGACAUAACUUCUGUUUUAAGUGCAGCCACCAAUCGGUUGGCGUAUGGCGCCCAAGUGAAACGGGGCCACGUCAGGAAUGCACCGGCGUUUACCCACGUCUCUUGAGUGGCCGAGGUGUACUUACAAAUUUCUGGAACUGCCCCUCCCGUGAGCCCCACACAGCCUCUGAUGCUUCUCGCUCUCAUGGCUCAGGUGGGAAGAGGGGGUUGAGACCUAUCUGGAUCUCCCUUGAGGGGAGUUGGGGGGUAUGUUGAGGGGUGGAGCUAAGAUUCUUGAUCACUGCCAGGUUCACUCACCAGCAGAUGUCAAAGUUGCCGUGGCUGUAGCUGCUGCUGCUGUUUACAUUCUGGUUCAGUGCAGUGUUUUUGUUGACAUUUUUUUGCAUUUUGGGUGUAAUUUUCACCCCCCUCCCCCCCCGAUGGCUGAUUUAUUAUGUUCGUUGACAUGAGGCCAGGCCGUCAAUAGCACGCACGCGCUGGGUGACCGUCGCUAAUCAGGGGGGAGUGGUGGUCGUGGCGCUGGGUUUUGUAUUUGCAGUGCCUGCCGUCCGCAUCUCUCAGUGUGCAGUACACGAUGAGAAUUGGAAGCAGUGGUUUGUCUACCCUGGGAAGCCUCACUGGGCCCUCUCUGAUGUGCGUGGUAUUUUUCAGGUCGUACCGCGCUCUGUUCGGCGCGUUGUCUUAAGUUUCGUUGCCCGUGCUGGGACUUCUUCGGGAACCAAACGGGGUUCCUGAAGAAGCUCGCCAGCGAGUUGAGCGGAGCGUCUGACGUCGUGCGGCGGAAAGCGGCACAACCCAGAAACACAUCGGAGAGAUGUACAGCAGCACAACGGCAAAUACCUGCACAGUAGCAAGCCUCACUUAGCCCCAAACUUCCUAAUGCAGGGAAAUGUUUGGCCACUUCCCUUUUAAUUAGUAUAUUUUGCGUAUGCCAAAUGAAUUGAGCGCCUGGAGAAUACGCACCCAUGCGAGAGGGGAUAGCACACGGCCAUAUCGUGGCAACGAUACUGUAGAGAGCAGACCUUUCGGGGUUUGCUAACUCUGACAACCAGGAGACCCUGCAGCAGGAAGCCAUGGCCAGGUGCGUUAGUGGCACGAUCAACGCCAUUGCCCGUGUUGACCUCUUGACCUUGGUGGAGGGCGGACUGGGCAGGCGAGUUGGGACGAUGCUGAGGCUGGGUGGGAGAUGCGGGGGGGGGGGGGCACUCGUGUUAGUGGUCAGGGUAGGGGUCGGGGUCGGCAGGUAACCCCUGCGCGCUUCGAGAAGCUCUCCCGUGUUUGUUUUUAAAUCUGCACUGCCUUCGUGGCUCGAACCCGAAACUUUUAUACGCGAUUGCGCGUGUCUGUCCGCCGAUCCGAGACGGUUCUGGGCCCGGCGCGCUGCGCACAUCUCUGUCUAACGCUCUCAUCCCAUGAUUUGUAUUUGUCCCUUACAUAGUAAUAAUUUAAUAAUUGUCACUAUAGUAAUAUUGUGUAUAGAGAUGUUAUUUAGUUUCACGUUUUGCCUUUGCGUUCUGGGUGUUAAUGCGUCCGCUUGUUCUGGGGAUUUUUUUGCGGGGGGGGGGGGGGGGGGGGGGUGACGUGUUUUGCCUUUAUUUAGUUUUUCAUGUUUAAAAUCAUCCUUAGUAUCUGUGCUGCUGUUGGCAAUGAGUAAUAAUCGCGAUAAUAAAAAAAAACUCAAAUCAAACGCUUGGGCGGAGGGGAGCGCGAAGGCAGCAGGAACUGCGACCGAAGGGGACCCGGCGCGUGUUCCAAUUUUAUUCGUGUACAGAACCUUUUCGCAUUGCUGGGUGAGCGGGUGGGUGGUUCAGUGAGUGAAGAGAUGCCCCAGUGGUUGGGUGAUUUGAUAAAUGGAUGGAUGAGUGGCUGGGCGGGCGGAUGGGUGAACGGUUGGACGUGUGGAUAGGUGGAUGUGAGUCGGUGCUCGCCAUUGCGGCGAGGUGGGUGAUUAAAAUAAUUGUGUGGGGGGAGUGAGUGACUUGGGUGUGUGUGGGUGGGUAGGUAAUUGGGUGGGUGAGUGGUUGGUUUUUGUGGAUGUGAGUAGGUGCGUAGUUUCACCGGAGGGCGGGGAGGCGGGUGAUUAGGUAAGUGGCUGGUUGAGAUGGGGAAGUUGUUGGUGGGCAAGUUGUCGAUGUGAAUCGGUGAGUGGCUUCGUGCUUGGAUGGAUAAUUGUGUGUGUGCGCGCGCGAGUGCAUGUCUAAGUGGGUGGAUGAUCAGGUGGGUGGGUGGAGGAGUUUUUGUUUUUUUUGGGACGUAGUGCGGUUUGCCUUCUAUUGUAAUAACUGCCCGGACACCACACUGGGUGUGUGUGUGCAUGACACUAAUCCGCCGCUGGGCCCAAGCGGUGCACGGACAGGGCGUGGGUGCGCAGUCUGCGAGCUUCUCUCCCUCGCGCUGCAUCGCCCCCCCGCAACGUCGGGAGUCGAGGCAUUGGGGUGGGCGAGCGCGGUGGGAGAUGAGGGAGGGCAGCGGGGGAGAAGGUGUGGAGGAGAGCGAGAGAGGGAAGUCCACGGCGGGGUUCACUUCAUCAAGUAUUUGUGGAAUUCUAUCGAUCCACCAGAGUUGACCUCCACCCUCCUGCACCCGUCCUCCACCUCCAUCGUCCACCCACCAUGGUCUCUCCCGUCCAUCCACCCACCUCCCCGUGCCUUCAUUUUAAAUAGCUCUGCCGUGUGUACAUAUUAUAUAUAAAUACAGUAUAUAUGUGUGUGCGUGCGUGCGCGCUCUCAUAAGUUGGCAUCGCAUCUUGGUACUGCUCUGUUUUGAGUGUGGAGCAUGGUUCUUCAGAGCGUCGUCCACUUAAUUUAAACAUCUGUCUGCCACCCUCCUCCACCCGUGCCCUCCCAUGUCCCAUAAUCGCUGGCCACCGCCGCUGCUGUUGCUGCUGCCCUGGUGGUGCAGGGCGUGUUUUCACGGAGGGGUGUUUGACCGAUAAGCUUGGUCGGAGAUGGUGCGGGCUGUGUACACUUUUAGGCAAGGCGGGGGGAGGGCGAGGGCAGAGGGAGGGUGGAGGUGGUGUCAUCCAUGUGCCCGUCCGUGUAUGAUCGUGUAUAAGAAAUAAAACAUGCGUUUUGCAAAAUAUC